AUGGCAUUCUAUACAGUAUCCAACGUUGAAAACCUGAGGGUUUGUGUCGUCAUGGUUGGUCUUCCCGCUAGGGGUAAGUCCUUUAUUGCUCAAAAGAUCGUGAGGUAUCUAUCCUGGCUUUCCAUUAAGGCGAAAUGUUUUAAUGUAGGUAAUUACCGUCGCCAAUCUGGAAGUGGACACCCGAAUGCAGAAUUUUUUGAUUUCAACAAUACAGAGGCAUUUGGAAUUAGGCAAAAAGCUGCUGAACAAGCUGUUGCUGAUAUGAUGGCAUGGUAUGAAAGAGAAAAUGGUGUAGUGGCGAUCCUUGAUGGUACCAAUACUACAAGAGAAAGAAGAGAUUGGAUCUUAAAGAUUUGUAGGGAGCAUGCCAUUGAGCCAAUGUUUUUAGAAAGUUGGUCUGAUGACAUGGACAUGGUCCUAAGAAAUAUUAGCGAUGUAAAAAAAUCAUCUCCCGAUUACGAAGGUAUCGAUCCUGAAGUGGCUACCAACGAUUUCCUAAAGAGAAUUUCGAAGUAUGAAAAAGUUUACGAACCAUUAGAUCACGAGCUGGAUAAAAAUCUAACGUACGUGAAGUUGAUCAAUGUGGCUCAGGAGGUGAUCAUUAAUAGAAUUCAAACCUAUCUAGAGAGUCGUGUUGUUUUCUAUGUGAUGAACUUACACAUUCGUCCUCGUUGCAUAUGGUUAUCGCGCCAUGGUGAGUCUCUCUAUAACGUAGAGAAAAAAAUUGGUGGUGAUUCUUGGCUUUCUGAAAGAGGAUUUAGGUACAGCUAUAAAUUACCUGACUUGGUUAAGCAAAGUGCAGGUGAUGCUGAUCUAACGGUUUGGACAUCUACUUUAAUCAGAACUCAACAGACUGCUCAAGAAUUACCUUACAAACAAUUGCAUUGGAAAGCGUUAGACGAAUUAGAUGCAGGUGUAUGCGAUGGUAUGACUUAUGAAGAAAUUGAAGAGAAGUACCCUGGUGAUUUCAAAGCUAGAGAUGAAAACAAAUACGAGUACAGAUACCCUGGUGGUGAAUCUUACCGUGAUGUGGUGAUUAGGCUAGAGCCUAUCAUCAUGGAAUUAGAACGUCAAGAAAACAUUUUGAUAGUAACACAUCAGGCAGUACUACGGUGCAUUUACGCAUAUUUCAUGAAUGUUCCUCAGGAGGAAUCUCCAUGGAUGUCAAUUCCGCUACACACUUUGAUUAAAUUGGAACCAAAGGCAUACGGUACUAAAGUGACGAGAAUUAAAGCUGACGUUCCCGCUGUCAGUACUUACAAGGAAAAGGGUACUUCUCAAGUUGGCGAAUCAACCCAAGAUGGUACUAAGUUCCGAAACAUUUUACUCAACUUGCCAGAGUCAAGCAAAUAG